AAGAGAGGACGCUGGAGCGUUUCGAUGCGCUGUCGUAUCGCCUCCUCCAUUUUCCAUAAAUAUAUUUUUUUUGCACUAUAGUGCUGGUUGUCUGGUAGUCGCUGCCACUAAAAGGGUCGCUCUCCCUCUGAUUAGUCGCGUUUAAUCAUCAGGGUCGCAGCGUUUCGGAGGGCACUUCCGAUCACUUGCCCGCCGGCUGAUGCCGGAGCAUCACUUGGACUUGCCGCCACCCAUCCAAGCCAAGCCAACAUAAUCGCCAGGCCAUCAUGUUGACGACCGUCCUGAACUUUGCCCAGCGCGUCGCCGAGAUUUCUUUGCUCGGCGGCAUCGAGAUUGCAUCAGUUGCCCUUAUUGUCUACUACAUAUUCGCCAAGACGAGAGCCCCCGUUAUCAUCGCUGGCCUGUUUCCCAACCUGAAUCUAACCUACCGGACGAGCUACCUCAGCAAGAUCAACACCAUUCGCAGCGAUCUCCUGGUCACUUUGCGAUCAUCCAAUGAGCCGAAGACCCAGAACUCGGUGGCACAUGGCAUCGGGACGCAGAAUAUGCUGGAGCUGACCCCGCAGUCGGGUCAGAAGCCCUUCAAGAAGCUUCUCGACUGGGGCGUGCUGUUUCCCUACGUUGCCCAGGUGGUGCGCAGCGAGAAGUUCGAGUACCGACAGGUCACCGAGAUCGUGCACAACGAUGCUGUGCUGAAGCACGCCGUCAAACAGGCCGCCGAGCAGACGCUGCGGGAGCAGCGGUACGCCAAAAAUGGACAUCGGCUGCUCACGCGCAGCGCCAGCGGAGAUCAGGAGGCGCAGGAGGAGGAGGACGAGAAGAGGGGCAUCUCCUAUCAGGCCAUUCUGCGCAAGCAGGAGCAGCGCGCCAUUAGCAUCCUGAAGGACAUGGGCUCCACCCUGAACAACGGCCUGCUGGCCUUCACCUCCUGGAUCCUGUACAAACUGCUCCCGUGCUUCCUCUCCGGCGUCGUGACCAACACCAAGCAGAUUGAGAUGCUGAAAACAGCCACGGAACGAUCGCCGGGCACCCCGUUGAUAUUUGUGCCGCUGCAUCGCAGCCACUUGGACUACAUCAUGGUCACGUGGAUACUCACGAAUAACGACAUUCGCAGUCCGCUGGUGGCCGCCGGCAAUAAUCUGCAAAUACCCGUUUUCGGUGGACUUCUGCGCGGUCUGGGCGCGUUCUUUAUCAAGCGCAAGAUCGAUCCAGUGGAGGGCAAGAAGGAUGUCCUGUACCGGGCCGCUCUUCACCUGUAUCUCACCCACGCCCUGAAGCAGGGACACAAUGUGGAGUUCUUCAUCGAGGGCGGACGGACGCGCACUGGCAAGCCGUGCAUGCCCAAGGGCGGCAUCCUCUCGGUCAUUGUGAACGCCUUCAUGGAUGGCAGCAUACCGGAUGCCCUGCUGGUGCCCGUGUCCGUCAACUACGAGCGUCUCGUCGACGGAAACUUCGUGCGCGAGCAGAAGGGCGAGAAGAAGAUACCCGAGUCGUUCAGCAAGGCUAUUUCGGGCAUCUGGAAGGCCCUCAAAUCGAACUACGGCCUCAUGCGCAUCGACUUCAACGAGCCCUACUCGAUACGGGAGCUGGUCAACUCGUACAACAAGAUAGCCCGGGAGGACGGCAACAAUGCCAAGGUCUACAAACCAGCUGCCAGAGUCCUGCAGCACAAUCAGUCUACGUCCUCGCUGUACGGCACCGAUGUUGUGUGCGAGGAGCACCGCAAUCUCAUCGAAAGCAUCUCGCGCCAGGUGGUCUUCGACUGCGCCGCCGCCACCUCUGUGAUGUCCACGAAUGCGCUGGCCUUUCUACUGCUCACCCGCUUCAGGAACGGCGCAGAGGAGCAGAUUCUGGCCGAGGCCCUGGAUGACUUGCGAAACUCGUUAUCCGGCUGCAAGGACAUUGGUUUUUCCGGGGAAUCCUCACAGAUCCUUGCAUAUGCCUGCGACCUGCUUGGCUCAGGUCUUGUCACUCGCACUCGGGAUGAGAAUGGGCGUUUGGUCAUUAAGCCUGUGAAUUCAGUGGAAAGCUUUAUUGAGCUGGCCUACUACUCAAACAUGCUGACCCCUCACUUUGCCCUCAGUUCGAUACUGCUGGCCACCUUCCACUCCCUGCUUCCGGAAACGGAGAACAAAAAAGACGCCGGAGUGACUCGAAAAAAGCUGAUGGACACCGCCCUGGAAAACUGCCAGAUAUAUCGCUACGAAUUUAUUUUGAACAAGCCGACUCAAGUGCUGGAGAAUUUACUGUACAAGCAGUUGGACGACCUCUUGAUUAGUGGCUGCCUUCGGUCGGAAAAGCUACACGAUGAUGAUCCGAAUGCUGCUGAAAGCAGACGCCUAGCUAACAGCCUGGCUGAUUGCCUGGACGAGGACGACGACUACCUGCAUGUGGGCAACGGCGAGGUUGAUGAGCCCAAGUUGCUGUUCGCCAGCGAAACUCUGACGCAGCAGCGCUAUAUUUGCGAGGUGCUGGCGCCCUUCGCCUGGACAUAUGUGACGGUGGCGCAGUCCCUGCAGAUACUUCACCGAAACUCCAUGUUGGAGUCCGAAUUUAUUAGCUUUGUGAUUAACGAUUUGAGCAGCAAAGUCAAGCGCGGCAGCUGCAUCUAUGCUGAAAGCAUAUCAACUGACUCCGUGCGAAACUGCCUGAAACUGUUGGAGAAAUGGUCUGUGAUCGAGGUGUGCAACCAGCAGGGCAUGCGCCUGAUCUCACUCAACACGCUCUACGAGAUGUCUCGAGAGUCGCUCAACGCGAUCGUCAAGAAGAUUGACGCAAUUGUGCCAAAAUUCAAUACUGGUUACUUCAAUGUAACGCCCUAACCAACGGGGCUCGCUUUAUUUUUGGCACUCUUUUUAUAUCCUUGUAUAGUGCAUAUUCACUUAAGUUUAAAGUGCGUACUCCUAGAUCUUAGACUUAGAUAUGUCUAGUUUUAUAGUCAUACGAGUUUAUAUAUGCCAAAGUGCUAGCUUUACUGUAACUAAGCGACAAAACAGUGAAAUAUGAACAAAUUUCUAAUGUAUAAUUUAAAAACAUUUUCUAUGUGCGGCCAGAGAGCGGCAGGACAAACGAAAACAAUACAAUAUAUCAUCUAUACUGAACUGAUUGAUUAAACUUUAUAAUUUUAUAAUAUAGGCAAAUAGAACAGCUUACAAAAAUAA